GAGAUCAAACAUCAAAUUGAGCAAGUCUGCCAGGAAUGGCGUAAGAAGAUGGAAACUGUUAUGACGUCACUGCAAAAGAAACAACCGCACGAUGGUGGUCCUCUGGCGGAAGUGGAAUUCUGGAAAGAUCGGGCGGCCAUUUUGAAUAAAUUAGUGGCUCAGCUAAUAUCGCCUAGGACUCUGAAAUUAUUUAAUAUGCACGAAAGACUGAGUCGUCUGAGACGCGUCAGACAACAUCACAAAAUAAUAUUUGGGCAGAUGCAGAUUGAAGCGCGAGACACCUCCAGGUUUCUAUGUACACUGGAACGACAUUUUAAAAACAUAACGUACGGAGCCACAUUUGAAAGUUGCAUCAGCACCAUUGAACCUAUGAUGAACUCUAUUAAAAUGAUUUGGGUGGUAUCACGCUAUUACAACACAGACGAACGUAUGGUGCCUCUGAUGCAGAGGAUUGCUUGGCAGUUGUGCCAGAGAGUUUCUAAGGCCAUUCCACUACAAUUACUUUUAAAGGACAGCCCGGAUGUGAUAAAAAACAAAACAUCGGCGGCAAGGGAGAUGUUGUUGCUAUGGAAACAGAGCUACCUGGACGUCCGGGAGAAAAUAGAGGUGGGCGGUAGGGAUGCACGGUGGGAGUUUGACCGGAAAAAGUUGUUCGAGAGGACGGAUUAUAUGGCCACCAUUUGUAACGAUCUUGGAAACAUGGCUGAGGUGUUGUUGGAGUUCAAAAACGUUCUAGGACCCGAGCUAGAAACAUUGACAAGUGAUAAGAAACGAAUUGAAGAUCUCUUAAACAAAGUUAACAAUCUAGUCGUCCCAGCUGUUGAAAUACAAUUUGAUGCAUACGACCCUUUAAAUUCCAAAAAGUGGCACCAUGUACUGAACAAAUUUGAGAACAAUUCUUCAACAAUCGAACAUGAGAUCAGAAAAUUUUUCGACGACCUCUUCAAGUUUCUGCGAGGUGCGAAUGGAGCGUUCGAGAUGCUGGUGAAGCUCCAGUCCAUCAAGUCGAAGCCGUCUAUCAAGGCUCUCCUGUCCAGAAAGUUCAAUGACGUUCUCCUGCAGUUCGGAAGAGAGAUAGAUGAGAUAGAGAGAACAUUCAGGGAACACCAGGCGACACCACGUGCGUUGAAGAACCUUCCGCCAGUCAGUGGCAGCAUCAGCUGGACGCGCUCGUUAUUCAGUAAGAUGAAGGAGACCAUGUUGAAACUAAUGGACAACCAGAAUAUCAUGCAAACUGAACUCGGAAAAAAUGCUAGUGAUGAUGGUUUAAUAAAAUCGAAGUAUCUGACGCUAUCGAAGGAGAUGACGGCGCACGAGAAUAGCGAGUUUGCCAGGUGGUCCAGUGAAACUAGCAGCGCCCUGCCAGUCCUACUAAAGAUGAGUCUUAUUAAGAAAACCCAUCAUGACGUCAGCAUGCACCACUUCACGCUGAACAUGAGCGAGAAACUGAUGCAGAUCAUACGAGAAACCAAACAUCUCGAAGUCCUCGGUUUUACCGUACCACAACUCGCUCACAACAUCGCCCUACAAGAGGAAACAUUGAUAAGGAACUACGAUCAGCUGUUCAUGAUGUUGAUUAGUUACCACAAAGUCAUCAGUCAACUUUCACGCGCUGAGCGAAUCCUCCUGGCUAAGCAGACCAAUGACCUCGAGAAGGUGUUGAUGCCAGGAGCCAGCCGGUUCAACUGGACAUCACUGAGUACCUUAGAUUACGUGCAGAGGUGUAACGAGGCCAUCAGGAAAUAUGAAUCGCUCGUCAACCAAAUAAAAAAGCAUUCGCGAGACAUUGAGAAAAUUCUCUCCACGAUAGGAUCAUGCAGCCUCUUCAAAUUUCCGACGAUCAAUAUUUCCUCAGAAAUUAAUUCGACAACUGACAGCGAAAACAGAAAUGACAAAAUGCACAAUUCUCUCAUGAACUGCAAAGAUUUCUUCAACGCUAUGGACGAAACUCGUUCGCAAGACAUCGCCAACUUGACCUUCAUCUACAAAAAGAUUGGUCCUUUAUUGAUCAGGAUAGAAAAUUUGGUGCACAACACAAAUUCGGGUAGCUGCGAAAUGAUGGCUCACUAUUAUCAAUACUGGGAAAUGAAGAUUUUUGAAACGCUAGUGAAUAUGGUUGAGAGUAAUUUGAAAUUUUUGAAGAAAUGCUUGACGUCGGGUGAUCCACUGUUCCAAGUCGAUGUUGUCCUGUUCAACUCGCAUGUUGUCAUGCUUCCCAAUGCUAACGAUGUGUACACACUCACAGUGCAAUCAGCUGCUGAAUGUGUCGAGAGCAUGAAACAUUUUGUUCGUUGGAUGAAUGGCACUUGCCUGGAAACACCACCGAUACACAAGCAACCACGACAUCAUCACAAAACUCGGAAAGCUUCAAUCGCGACCACUUCGACUACAACAGCAACGACAACGACGGCAACGGCAAACGAUGAUGCGAGUGGAACAGACGAAGUGGUGGUGUUCAGUUUCUAUGACGAUCUCAAGCAAAACGAGGAUGUGUUAGAGUUGCUGGAUGAGAUCGAAGCAUGCAGCAGAGAUUUGGUAGGCGGAGCAAUUCAGAACAUAAUGAACUUCAAACGUUUCAGAAGCAUCUGGCUGGCUGACAAGGCAAAUUUUGUUGAAAAGUGUAGAAGUCAUCCAUCAAUUGUUGAUUUCGACGAUAAAUUUCAGUACUACAAGCGCUGCCUUGAAGAGCUGGAGAUGUUUGCGGACAUGGAAGUGCACAGCUGCGUGCUCAUGCACGUCAAACCUCUGAUUGAAGCCAUCAAGGAUCAUGCCGUCCAGUGGAUCGAUGCUUACAAGAAGAUUCUCAUGCAAUCUUCAGCGAAGGCCUUGUCUAAGAUCAAAAAUAAAUUGAAACGCAAGUUGGAAGAUUUAGAGAGACCGCCAGAAAGUUUGGACGAUUUGAAAUUAGUGCUACGAACUAUAUCAAACGUCAGUGAAAUCUCUCUCGAAGUUGAAACACAGAUUAGAGAUGUACAAGAGCAAUUCAGAACACUGGAUAUGUACAACUUGCUGAAUUCUCGCGAAAAAUUGUUGGAAGCAAACGAUCUUAUGAACGUUUGGUGGAAGUUGUUUGUUAAGUCGAAGGAUGUCGAUUCAUCUCUCAUGUCUGUUAAGAGAAAGUUCAGACAGUUGACCUUGGCUCAAAUGAAAGAGUUCAAAAAAGUUUUGGAGGAAUUGAAGGAACAAUUCCAAGCAGAAGGGCCUGGAGUAGUGGAUGAGGAUCUCGAUGCUGGUAUGGAAGUGUUAGCGCUUUAUAAAAAUCGAGUAAACGAAUGUGAGGAAAAACGUCAGGAGCUAAACAGCGCCGAAAAACUUUUUGAUCUGCCGAUUACCAUUUUUCAGGAUUUAUUGCAAGUGCAGAAAGAAUUGAAAGGAUUGGACCAAGUUUACAGUAUAUACCAAGAGCAAAAGAGAGCCAGGGGACAAUGGGCCGAAUGUUUGUGGGCCAAUUUGAACAUGCAACAGCUCCAAGAAGGCAUAGAAGGCUUUUUGAAAUCUCUUCGAAAGCUACCAAAAGAGGUGAAGAACAUGUCUGUGGGUAGAAUACUGGAAGAGAAGAUGAAGGAGUUCAGAGACUCUUUGCCUCUCUUUGUGGAUUUGAAACAUGAAGCUUUAAGGGAUAGGCAUUGGAAAGAGCUGAUGGAGAAAACCGGACAAAACUUCGAAAUGGAUCCGAACACUUUUACACUGGCAAACAUCUUUUCCAUGCAACUUCACCGAUUUCAAGAUAAAAUUGCAGAGAUCGUUAACUGCGCCAUCAAAGAAUCUGCCAUUGAAAAAAGUUUGAAAGAAGUCGAAGAGACUUGGUCUAACUUGAGAUUCAACGUUCAAAAUUACACGAAAGGUUGCACCUCUGACAGGGGCUACAUUCUUGGAUCAGUUGAUGACGUCGUUCAACUUCUUGAAGAUAACACUCUCCAGGUGCAAGGCAUGUCUGCUUCGAGAUUUAUAGGGCCGUUCUUGAGUUCAGUUCAGAAUUGGGAGAAGUCUCUGGCUCACAUCUCUGAAGUUCUCGACGUCUGGAUGGUGGUGCAACGUAAGUGGAUGUACUUGGAGGGCAUAUUUGUCGGUGGGGAUAUCAGGGCUCAGCUACCUGAGGAGACUAAGAAAUUUGAUCAAAUUGACAAAACCUUCAAAAAAAUAAUGACAGACACCCACAAAUCCCCAAACAUCAAACGGGCCUGCCACCAAGACAACCGUCUCCCAGAGCUGCAGGAACUCUCACAGGGCCUUGAAAAGUGCCAGAAAUCUCUCAAUGAUUAUCUCGAUUCCAAACGAAACUCUUUCCCAAGAUUUUUUUUCAUAUCCGAUGACGAACUGUUGAGCAUACUUGGGAGCAGUGAACCCGAAUGCGUCCAGGAACACAUGGUCAAGAUGUUCGACAACAUUGCCAUGUUAAACAAAGUCACAAAAGCAUCAACAUCCAUUUCAGCAAUAGGAAUGGUAUCGGGAGAGGGAGAGGUCAUGGAUUUUAAGAGGUGGGUGCUAGUCGAGGGCCGGGUCGAAGAUUGGAUGGUGCAUACGGAAAAGGAAAUGAGAAGGACGAACAGGUUGAUAACGAAAGAUGCGGUUUAUUACUACUGUGCCGACAAAAUGACCAGGCAAUACCAGGGCAUGGUAUGUUUAGCGGGCAACCAGGUCUGGUGGACGUGGGGCGUCGAGGAUGUCUUCCUGAAGGUCAAGGCUGGCAACAAGUACGCCAUGAAGGAGUAUUCAAAAAAAUUGCACAAGCAGAUUGAUGAUCUGGUCGUCAAGAUACGAUCGCCACUGACCAAGAAUGACAGGUCCAAGUUCAACACCGUCCUCAUCAUUGACGUUCACGCUCGAGACAUCAUCGACAGUUUUGUUAGGGACAGUAUAUUAGACUCACGGGAGUUCGAAUGGGAGAGUCAGCUGAGAUUCUACUGGGACCGAACAACGGAUUACCUGAACAUCCGCCAAUGCACUGGACUCUUUAGCUACGGAUUCGAAUACAUGGGUCUCAAUGGAAGGUUGGUCAUCACGCCACUGACUGACCGCAUCUACUUGACCUUGACCCAAGCCCUGAGCAUGAAGUUGGGCGGAGCACCAGCGGGACCGGCUGGAACUGGCAAGACUGAGACUACGAAGGAUUUGGCGAAGGCACUUGGGUUGUUGUGCAUCGUUACAAACUGUGGCGAGGGUAUGGAUUAUAAGGCCGUUGGAAAGAUUUUUGCAGGUUUAUGUCAGUGUGGCUCUUGGGGUUGUUUCGACGAAUUUAACAGAAUCGAUGUUUCCGUCCUAUCCGUCAUCUCCACCCAACUGACAACCAUGAGGAAUGCACUGCUUCAGAAUCAGAACAGAUUUGUCUUUGAAGGGAUAGAGAUAACGAUGGACAGUAGAGUGGGAAUCUUCAUAACGAUGAAUCCCGGCUACGCAGGAAGGACUGAACUUCCUCAGUCCGUCAAAUCCCUUUUCAGACCUGUCGUCGUCAUCGUUCCGGAUCUUCAACAAAUUUGCGAAAUCAUGCUCUUCUCGGAAGGAUUCUUACUCGCUAAAACCUUAGCCAAGAAGAUGACAGUGUUGUACAAACUAGCGAAGGAGCAGCUUUCGAAACAAUACCACUACGAUUUUGGGCUGAGAGCUCUGAAGUCGGUCCUUGUGAUGGCCGGUGAAUUGAAGAGAGGUGCUUCUGACAUUUCGGAGGAUGUUGUUUUAAUGAGAGCGUUGAGAGACAUGAACCUUCCGAAAUUCGUCUUUGAAGAUGUCCCACUAUUUCUUGGUCUUAUUUCUGAUCUUUUUCCUGGAUUAGAUUGUCCGAGAGUCAGAUAUCCAAACUUUAAUGAUUGCGUCGAAGAAAUAUUGGCCAGCAAUAAGUACAAAGUGUUGCCGCAGCAGGUAAUUUAUGCCGACAAAGUGGUGCAGCUGUACGAGACGAUGAUGACGCGCCACACGACCAUGGUGGUCGGUCCGACGGGAGGUGGAAAGUCGGUCGUCAUCAACACUCUCGCUCAGGCGCAAACCAAACUUGGCCUGACCACCCGCCUGUACGUCCUCAACCCGAAAGAUCGGAGUGUCGUUGAGUUGUACGGAGUGCUCGAUCCAAACACGCGCGAUUGGACGGACGGCUUGCUGAGCAACCUCUUCAGGGAGAUCAACAGACCAAGUGAUAAACAGGAGCGUAAGUAUUUGGUGUUUGACGGAGAUGUCGAUGCAUUGUGGGUCGAGAACAUGAACUCCGUCAUGGAUGACAACCGCCUGCUCACUCUGGCCAAUGGAGAAAGGAUUAGGUUGCAGAAACAUUGCGCCAUGCUUUUCGAGGUCGUUUCCGAUCUGCAGUACGCCUCGCCGGCAACGAUCUCUCGCUGCGGCAUGGUGUACGUGGACCCGAAAAAUUUGGGAUUCGAACCAUAUUGGUGGAGGUGGGUCAGUCAGAAGACCAACCCUUUUUUGCAGGAGGAACUCAACAGACUCUACAAAAAGUUCAUGAUCCCCAGCAUUGCCCUAGUCUGCGAAGGUAUUGUGGACGGCGUGCAAACUAACCGAUUGAAGACCAUCAUACCUCUGACCAACCUCAACAUGGUCAGCCAGUUCACCAAACUUUUCGAUUCCGUGCUGUCGGACAGUGAGGUGCACAACUCAGAUUUCGUCCAAUCAUAUUUCCUGGAAUCUCUAAUUUGGUCAGUUGGAGCAGGACUCCUAGAAGAUGGACGUGUGAAGUUUGAUAAGUUCAUUCGCACGCUGGCCAACUUAACUGAAGUUGAUCCGUCAGUGGGAUCAGCUGGUCUCGGUGAAAUCCCAUCUGGUCCCAGUUUGUUGUACGAUUACUUUUGGGAUGCAGAGGGAUCGAGAUGGAUGAAUUGGUCUGAUAAGAUUCCUGCUUACGUUCAUGAAAUCGAUAAAAAGUUUAACCAAAUUCUCGUUCCUACUUUGGAUACGGUGAGGACUGUCUGGCUGCUGUCUCUUCAGGUGUCCUCCCACCAUCCCAUUCUGUUGGCCGGUGAGACGGGGACCAGCAAGACGGCCACAGUUUCAAACUUUCUGAGAGAUUUGAACAGAGACGAGCACUGCCUUCUCAGUGUGGAUUUUUCCAGCAGAACGACAUCUCUCGACCUACAACGCAACCUGGAGGCGAAUGUUGAGAAGAGGACGAAGGACAUCUAUGGACCUCCGCCUGGCAAGAGGAUGGUCGUCUUUCUCGACGAUCUCAACAUGCCACAAGUUGACAUAUAUGGCACCCAGCAGCCAAUCGCAUUGUUGAGGUUGUUAAUAGAAAGGCAGGGAUUUUACGACAGAGGGAAAGAUUUAAACUGGAAGCAAAUGAGAGAUCUUGGCUGGAUUGCUGCCAUGGGAAGACCUGGCGGUGGAAGAAAUGAUGUGGAUCCAAGGUUUAUAUCACUGUUCACCAUCUUCAACAUCAUAUUCCCUGCCGACGAUUCCUUGUUCCUCAUCUAUAACUCCAUGCUAUCUGGACAUUUUCAGAUCUUUUCCGCUGAGAUCAGACAGCUAUCAACUAUAAUCACGACUAUGACUUUGAAGCUGUAUAAGUGGGUGGUUCAAAACCUGCCCCCGACUCCUUCGAAAUUCCACUACAUCUUCAACUUGCGAGACCUCUCACGCAUGUAUAACGGACUCUUCUUCUUGUCACCCGAACGGUUCAACCAGGUGAACCAAGUGUUGAGGGCAUGGCGAAAUGAAGUAACGCGAGUUAUAUUCGAUAGAUUGAUCAGUGACAGUGAUAGAGAGCUUGUAGAGUCGUUCAUGGGUGACUUGAUAAAUGAAAGCUUCCCGACUCACCUAUCGUACGUUAUGAGGGAUCCGCUCUUGUACGGGGACUACAAGAACUCCCUGGAAGAUUCUGAGGGCAGAUUUUAUGAAGACCUUCAAGAUUUCGAGGCCGUUAAAGCGUUGUUUCAAGAGAUUUUGGAUGAGUACAAUGACAAACAGACGCCCAUGAACUUGGUCUUGUUCGACGACGCCCUUGACCACGUGACCCGCCUACACAGGGUACUGCGCAUGUCCCAAGGUCACGCCCUCUUGGUUGGCGUCGGCGGAAGUGGAAAGCAGAGUCUGACGAAGUUGGCCGCGUUCACCGCCAAGUGCGAAGUAUACGAAAUACAGCUAUGCAGAGGCUACAAUGAAAUCUCCUUCAGAGAAGACCUGAAGGUUCUCUACAACAAACUGGGCAUGGAGAAUAAAAAGAUUGUUUUCCUCUUUACUGACCAGCACGUUGUAGAAGAAGGUGGUUUUUUGGAACUGGUGAACAACAUGCUGACAAGUGGAAUGGUCCCUGCACUCUUUGGAGAGGACGAGAAAGAACAGAUCAUCGGCCAGAUUCGAGGCGAAGGGGGUAACAAGGGGCAAACCCCAGCAAAGGAGAGCAUCUGGCAGUACUUCGUGAAUAAAUGCGCCAACAACCUGCACGUCGUUCUGACCAUGUCACCUGUAUCUGACACACUGAGGACCAGAUGUCGAAAUUUUCCCGGCAUGGUGAACAACACGAACAUUGAUUGGUACAUGCCCUGGCCUGAACAAGCCCUCUACGCUGUUGCUUCCGUAUUCAUAUCACCCGAGAACGAACUAGUACCAUCACGCCAGCGCGAAACAGUGGUUGGCCACAUCGUCAUGGUCCACCAAAUCGUUGGCAUGUUCAGCAAGGAUUUCCAGCUGCGACUUCGUAGGAGCAACUACGUGACGCCUAAAAAUUACCUGGAUUAUAUUAACACCUACCUGAAAUUGCUGGAAGAAAAGGAUGCUUACAUAUGCACUCAGUGCGAAAGACUGAGUAGUGGAAUUCAGAAGUUGGCAGAAGCGAGAGAGCAACUUGCAGUCCUGAAUGAAAAACUGACGCUGCAGAAGGCGGCUGUCACUGAGAAGACUAAAUCGUGUGAAGAUCUGCUGGGAGAUAUAUCCAACAACACCAUCAGAGCCGAAGAAAAGAAAAAACUGGCCGAGGAAAAGGGGAAAGAAGUGGAAGACCAGAAUAGGGUCAUCGAGUCGGAAAAGAGUGAGGCAGAGGAAGUAUUAGCGGAGGCCAUGCCAGCAUUGGAAGCUGCGCGAUUGGCCCUAGACGACCUAGAUAGAAAUGACGUCACAGAAACUAGGUCGUUUGCGAAACCGCCACUUCCGGUGCAGACGGUCUGCGAGUGUAUCGUGGUCCUGAAAGGCAUAAAAGAGGUCAGUUGGAAAUCGGCAAAGGCGAUGAUGUCAGAGGUCAACUUUUUGAGGUCACUGAGAGACAUGGAUGCAGAUGCCAUCACUCAAAAACAGGUGCAGACAGUGAAAGAAAAGUUAAGAGAGAUGGACAUAACGGUGGAAGAAAUGAGCGAAAAAAGCAUAGCGGCCGCAGGCCUCAUGAAGUUCGUGAAAGCUGUCGUAGGCUACUGCGACGUAGCCAAGGAAGUCCGUCCAAAGAGAGAGAAGGUCGUAGCAAAACUGGAAAAAGUUUACAACCAGACAACGAAAGAACUGGAGAAAAUAAACUCCGAUAUAUCGAAGUUGGUUGAAGAGUUGAACGUACUAAGCGGUAACUACGAACUUGCAUCGGUGGAGAGGCAGACGCUGCAAGAGGAAACGGAUGUCAUGGAAAGAAGGCUGAUCGCUGCCGAUAAACUCAUAUCCGGAUUGGGAUCGGAAAAUGAAAGAUGGUCAAACGACUUGAUAAAACUCCGAGAACAGAAAGUGAAACUACUCGGGGAUUGCCUUCUUGGUUCUGCCUUCCUCUGCUACCUAGGGGCUUUUACUUGGGAAUUCCGAAACGAAAUGAUAAACGACACGUGGUUGGUUGACAUCAAGUCACGUGACAUUCCGGUUAGCGAUCCGUUCAAGUUGGAAGCACUCCUAACUGACGAAGUUGAAAUUAGCAAGUGGACAUCUGAAUCUCUGCCCCCGGACGAGCUCUCCAUCCAGAAUGGCAUCCUGACGACGCGGGCAAGCAGGUUCCCACUCUGCAUCGAUCCACAACAGCAGGCAUACAACUGGAUCCGGAAGAGAGAACAGGAUAAAGGAUUGAAAGCAUGCAAGUUUGAUGACGCCGACUUUUUGAAGCAGCUGGAACUCGGGAUAAAAUUUGGAUAUCCAAUCCUCUUUGAUGAUGUCGAUGAGUACAUUGAUCCCGUCAUUAACAACGUUCUCGAGAAAAAUAUUAAAGGGGUGAAGGACAGAGAGUUUGUGGUGAUGGGAGACAAAGAAAUAGAGUAUGAUAAAAACUUCCGACUCUACCUCAACACAAAGCUCUCCAACCCCAAACUGCUACCUAGCAUUUUUGGCAUAUCAAUGGUCAUCAACUAUAACGUAACCAUCAAGGGCCUGGAGGAUCAGCUGUUAAGUGUCAUUGUGAAGUACGAGAGACCGGCUCUUGAGCAAAGAAGGGAAGAACUGAUACAAGAUACGAGCACCAACAAAGUUUUACUGAAAGAACUGGAGGAUUCCUUGCUACGUGAGCUUGCGCAAUCGUCAGGUAACAUGCUGGAUAAUGUGGAACUAGUGCAGACCAUGGAAAAAACUAAAGCGAAAGCAAAUGAGGUCACGGAGAAACUGAAACUAGGUGAAUCUACCGGACAGGAAAUAGAGAAGAGCAGAGACAUUUACAGACCCGUGGCCAGGAGGGGCGCCAUUUUGUAUUUUGUCCUUGGUGACAUGGCCACUAUUAGUUCUAUGUAUCAAUAUUCCUUGGAGGCUUAUUUGGGGGUUUUCCAGCUCUCUCUGCGGAAGAGUAUGCCUGACACCGUGGUGGAGAAGAGGCUGCACAACAUCAUGGAGACGUUGACGUACAACGUCUACAAGUACGGAUGCACUGGCAUUUUUGAGAAGCACAAAUUGCUCUUCUCCUUCCAGAUCGCCGUCAAGUUGCUGAUGGAUAGCAACAAAGUUACUGCCAGUGAAGUGGAAUUUUUCGUUAAGGGAAAUGUUUCGUUAGAAAAAAGCGAGCGAAAGAAACCAUUCGACUGGUUGACGGAUGCCGGCUGGGCGGACCUAAUCAGACUACAGGAAACAUUUCCAAGCAACUUUUUCCACAUUUUGGAUGACAUAGAGCAUAACGAGUUGCUAUGGAAACAGUGGUACGACCUCGAAACACCGGAAACACAUCCCCUUCCAUUGAAUUAUGACAAAACGCUGACGUCAUUUCAGCGUCUCAUGCUGCUGCGCUGCCUUCGAGUCGAUCGUAUUUAUCGGUCCAUCACUGAUUUUGUUGCGUCAUCGAUGGGCGGGAAGUUCGUAACAGCUCCAGUGGUCAGUUUCCAGUUGAUAUACGAUCAAAGCGUGGCCACCUCACCCAUCGUCUUCAUUUUGAGUCCUGGAUCUGAUCCGGCCAGUGAGUUAGUGAAAAUGGCCGACAAAAUUGAAUUUACAUCCAACAGAAUUAAACUGCUCUCUCUCGGACAAGGACAGGAAAAGCUAGCCUUGCAACUACUUGACCUUGCCAUACUGCGAGGUCAUUGGUUGAUGCUGCAAAACUGCCACCUGCUGGUCCAGUGGCUCAAGGAACUCGAGAAACAGCUGGAGAAACUGGAAAAACCGCAUCCUGAUUUCAGACUCUGGUUAACUACUGAGCCAACCAGCAGUUUUCCAAUCGGGAUAUUACAGAAAUCUUUAAAAGUAGUCACUGAACCGCCCAACGGACUGCGGUUGAACCUGAGAAACACAUUCUUCAAAAUGAACAGCACAUCCCUUGGGGACUGCCAGCACCCGGCACAUCCUUCCCUCGUAUUUGUCCUCGCAUUUUUUCACGCUGUCGUUCAAGAAAGGAGAAAGUAUGGAAAGAUCGGUUGGAACGUAACGUACGACUUCAACGAUUCAGACUUCCACGUCUGCAUGGACAUCUUGAAGACUUACCUGGACAAGGCGUGUGAUGACGUCGACAACAAACUGCCCUGGAACAGCCUUAAGUACCUUAUUGGAGAGGUAAUGUACGGAGGAAGGGCAAUAGACGACUACGAUAGACGAAUACUGAAAACGUACAUGGAUGAAUACAUGGGAGAUUUCCUCUUCGACAAGUUCCAACCAUUCAGCUUCCACAAGAACCAACUCAUCGAUUACAAGAUUCCUACAGAAGGGAACAAGGAAGCCUUCAUUGAGUAUAUAGAAACCCUGCCGAUGACGAACACUCCCGAAGUGUUUGGUUUACAUCCAAACGCAGAGAUCAACUAUUAUACGAACGCCGCCAAGGAACUGUGGAAUCACAUGAUAGAGUUGCAACCUCAAGUUGGCGAAGUGGCAACAGGUGUAAGUAGAGAAUCGUACAUCGAACAAGUUGUUACGGAAAUUGUGUCAAAACUACCAGCUUCAUUUGACAUUGACAAGAUUAGGAAAAAAUUCGGAGUUCAAAUUUCUCCAACUACCGUUGUCUUGUUGCAAGAGUUGGAGAGAUUCAACAAUCUCAAUAAUAAAAUCAUGAAGACUUUGCAGGCUCUCAAGAAGGCUCUGGCGGGCGAAGUUGGCAUGAGUAGCGAACUUGAUGACGUGGCAAGAUCACUAUUUAACGGCCACAUACCUCUUAUAUGGAGGAGGUUAGCUCCAGCAACAUUGAAGGGCCUGGCUUCAUGGAUGGAUCACUUCCAAUCCAGAUACAAACAAUAUUAUUCGUGGGUGUACGAACACGAACCGUCGGUGAUGUGGUUGUCGGGUCUGCACAUCCCUGAAUCCUACCUGACCGCUCUCGUCCAAACCACCUGCCGGAAAAACAACUGGCCCCUCGAUAAAUCGACCCUCUAUACCUGCGCAACGUCAUACAAUGAUGCUGAUGACGUCAAUGAAAAAGCUCAUCAGGGAUGUUUCGUGCACGGGUUGUUCAUAGAAGGAGCUGGGUGGGACUUUGAAAGGAACGAACUGUUGAAGCAAAAACCGAAACAGCUCAUCCAGCCACUACCUGUUCUCAAGAUCAUUCCCAUUGAGAGUCACAGACUCAAACUGCAGAACACGUUCCGAGCCCCAGUGUACGUGACGUCAUCGCGACGUAAUGCGAUGGGGGUGGGUUUGGUUUUUGAGGCGGACCUGCAGACGAGAGAGCAUCCAAGUCAUUGGGUUCUACAGGGGGUCUGUCUCGUUCUCAAUACCGAUUGAUUGCUUGACGGGCUGGGCUCAUUAAAGAUUGAAUGACUUUUGUUUCAACAAUUUCCGUGUACUCUAAAACUUGUUAUCGCUUGACAGUUAUGUUCACUCACAAUUUUGUUGCCUAUUUUAAUGUUUUAAUCAUGAUUUGAAUUGAAAAUAAAAUCUUAAAAAUCUCGCAAAGAUGAGUUUCAGAAUUAACGUUAGCUUGUUUUACAAGUUGGCUC